AUGGGUUCGGAUAAAGUGCCGUUGCUGCUUGUGACCGCCAACGUAGGAUCUAUAUUUGAAGACCCAUCAGUGAUGCUUCCAAUCUGGACGUCGGAGUUCCUCCAGGCGGUCUCCCGUAUGGAUCCCAAAUUUAUCGCCCUACAUCUUCAAGAAGUCGGCGGAAAGACUUACGAAAAGUCGAUGCAGUAUGUCCAGGACUUCGUGCAACGGCUGUGCGACUGUCCCGAGCUGAGGCUGUAUGACAAGAUAAGAAUUUUUCUAGAUGAGGACUUCAGUUCACCGGAGAAGUUCACGGCAUUGGGCAACAUGUAUUUCGCGCAUUCCACACUAACCGAUAUCAAGAUCUGGGACUUUGAGGCGAAAGGCUACGUCGAAGCUGUGGGGAAGGAAGUUAACAGCGGCAACAUUGAAAAGGUCACCACCAAGGAGAAAGUGAAAUUUCCGCAGCAUUUCUUCCCUGAAUGCAAAUGGUCGCGCAAAGGUUUCCUGCGCACGCGCUGGCUUCUCCGCGGCACCGCGGUGGAGUUUGUGAACAUUCACCUGUUCCACGACGCCUCUAAUUUGCUCGCUAUGGAGCCGUUUCCAUCGGUAUACUGUCGCAGUCGACGGCGUGCCUUGCGGCACACGUUACGUCAUUUACAUUCAGACGCGAACGCGGCACCUUAUUUCAUAUUUGGUGACUUUAACUUCCGCACGGAUACGGGAGGUGUAGUUAAGAAAGUGACGGAAGAACUGACGGCGUGUCGAUUGCAAAAUGGCGCGAACGUGGACGCAUCGAAGUUGCAGUAUCGAUCGGAGACUGACGACAGGAUCGUGCUGACUAUUGGGAAGAAAGAAUUCGCUCACGUGGAUCAUCAGAAGAUAUUCAGAGAGCCUUGGUUGCAGCGCUACGACCGCGAGCUGGAGGCUCUCCGACCGCACCUGUUCGAGUUCCCGGUCAAGUUCCCACCCACGUACCCCUUCGAGGAGGAUAUUCAACUACCUACACAUUACAUGAAGACUAGAUGUCCAGCUUGGUGCGAUCGCGUACUUCUAUCGCAGUCCGCUCGGCUGCUAAUACAAUCGGGGCAACCUGAUUUGCGCACUGGGGAAGCUAGACAUUUGCAAGGUUCUAGGAAAUCAGUAACUGAAUCUUCAGAAAGCAGUGGCAGAGUUUCGUCCUCAGACAGCAGCCCAGCUCGUUCCAACUCUCCCGCGAGGCAGCAUCAACAGUCCAGUCCGGGUAAAAUUCUUGAGAAGAAAGGCAGUGUUGCAGAUUUCGACGCGUUAUCCGUUCCCGGGAUAACAGUAAGCAGAAAGAGCAUCGCGGACCCGACCAGUAUUCAACACGCUCUCAAUGCACGCGGCGCGGAACGCGAGUGCUCCAGUGCGUCGACUCGCCGCCGCCUCGUGCGCAAUCAGUCGGAAGGCUCGCCCAAGCCCGAGGCGAACGACACGCGGCGUCGUGCUGACGUCACGCCUCGACGACGCACCGACUACGGGGUCAUCGGGGACGCCACCUGUAUGGGCGACCACAAGCCAAUCUACCUACGCGUGAUGCUGCAAAGCGACCGAGGUAACUUUCGCCACGAGUUCCAUUCUGAGGCUUCACCAAAGCACGCGAAGAUGGAAGAACAAGAGUCGCAGGACUCAAUGGAGUCGCCAAACUCCCGGUACAUUCACUUCAAAAUGGACAGACCUUGCAGCGUUUUCAAGGAAACUGACAUAUAA